UGCUCUUAGGAGCUGCUAAAAUACAGUACAGACUGUGAGGGGACUUCUGAACUGCAGGGGGCGCUAACAGCUAUGCUGGACCUGCUCAAAUCAGUCAAUGACUCCAUGCAUCAGAUAGCCAUCACAGGAUAUGAGGGUGACAUUUGUGAGCUGGGCCGAGUGUUGAUGCAGGGCUCCUUCAGCGUGUGGAUCAGCCAUAAGAAAGGUCCCACACGCAUGAAGGAGCUGGCUCGCUUCAAACCGAUGCAGAGACACCUCUUCCUGUACGAGAGAGCGCUGCUGUUCUGCAAGCGGAGGGAGGAGCACGGAGACGGCUCUGACAAGACGCCGUCCUACAGCUUCAAGCACUGUCUCAAGAUGACGGCUGUGGGGAUCACAGAGAACGUCAAAGGAGAUGUGAAAAAGUUUGAGAUCUGGUACAGUGGCAGGGAGGAAGUGUAUGUGGUUCAGGCUCCUACAGUGGAAGUGAAGAUGGCCUGGCUCAACGAGCUGCGCAGAAUCUUAACCAACCAACAGAAGCUGCUCAGAGAUGAAGCGUAUCAACAAGGACAAAUGGUUGAACACAUGCCGCUGUCACCGCCGCUCUCUGAGAGCAAGCAGCAGAGGGCGUCAGUGAGCUCGGAGGACACAGAGUCGGGGAGGAGCAGUCCAGACCCCCAGCCUCACUCCCCUAAACACCAGCACAACCGCAGGAGUUGGCCCGGAGCUCAUCACUCGGUAGACAACUGCGAGGGUCUGGGGGAGUGGCCUGGAGGUCGGGACGCUUUCCGCCCGUUUGACAAAGACGAGGAGGUUUUGGUGCCACUGUCUCCCGGCAGAUACAAGGCUUUGGCCAACUGUCCUCAAAACGGACCAGACAGCGUCACUGUCAAGUGUGGGGACGUCAUCCAACUGCACUCUGAGAACAACAAGGGACGCUGGCUGGUGAAAAAUCUGAGUCGGCGACAGGAAGGCUUCAUAGCAGCCGCCAGCCUGCAGCUGAUUGUAGGAGACAGUAGCCGAGGACACUCCUCCAGACUCGGGGACCCCGGGAACCUGAAGGCGAGAAAGCUCAGCUCCCCGUAGAGAAGAAAGCACAGAAUGUGAAUCUCAGUGACCUUUGGACAAGGACCAGGCAGAAGGAACGGACGGAGCCACACCUGAAUCGUAACUGUUGCACUAUCUCCUCCCUCCCUGGUGCCGUCUGCUCUCUUCAGCACAGUUCGGUCAUUACAAAAAUAAAAAACACGUGGGAAUGUAGAGACCUGAUUUUCUCUAAGGUUUUGAUUGACAAUCUUCCGGCUGAUUGUGACAGCACAGGAACUACUUUGCCCCCUUUGGACAAUCAAUUGCCGAUCCCGAGGUCCUGAUUGGUCUUCCUCUUUUCUGAUCGAUGAGGAGUUUCUUGGUCCUCUGGCGCUCAAUCUGCAACACACACACAGUGAGGGUGUGAAGAUGCUGCUGCAGGACUGGGUCCUUUUGCAAACUGUGGACUUGGAAUCAUUUUUCAGCCCUUUUUCAUUCCAGCUAAAAAACUUGAGGUUCCAGCAUCUGAGUGUGCGUGUGUUCAUUGUUGUCUCAGUGUGAGCUGGACGGAGGCGCACAAAGGAUUUUGCCAGAAACGUUUAUGAAAGGCUUUUGUAGAUGUACAAUAUCAUUUUUAACAUUUAUUGUACGUCAUUGUUUCAUCUUUUUGCGUGGUUAGUUUUUCCAUUGAACUACGUCACUGUCUUUUUCUGACAUUUCAUUCCAUGAGGCAGUCUGUGAGGUUGAAAUGCCAAAAUGUGCCAUGCCAUAUUGCCUUUUUUUAUUCCUGCUCUUUUGGAGUCUCUUGUACUGUUUGCAAAGUCAAAUGCUUCUCAUGCUUCAACCUGACCUCAUGAAACAGGCACUUUAAUUAUUAUUAAGGACAAUAGAGACAAAAAAAAGCCACCUAUUGUCUCCUGAAUGUCUUCUUUGCUUGCUGCUUUACCUCUGGUGCUGUGUAUUCCCCUCAUUCCUGCUGUUACUUCCUUUGUUUACCCUUGAAUGACGUGUUAGGGAGGCAGGGGAGACAUACCCCCUGCAUGCAGGCAGCAGCCGACAUGUCAGUGAUCGUAAUGUAAGACACGGCGGACGCGAUGAAGAUUGAUGGCAAAGUAUUCCUCGGUGUGUCCCGUAAACAAACGUGAGGCCUGUGCCGCAGAGCACCAAACGGCACAGCUCUCCUCGGGGUCUGUUGGGAGCUCGGCUGUCAGUCACGGCCUGCAGACGAGGAGAGGGAGUCAGAUUAGGGGAGAAACGAGAGAGAGAAAGAGAGAUUAUGUUCUGUGUGCCCCUCCAUCAAGCAGGCAGAUUGUUACCUCCCCACCAUUACGGCUCUGUUAAUCUCUGGUUCCGCAUUAAAAGGGAUCAUACAGCCAACAUGAAAUAUACCCUCUGUGUCGAACGCUUAAUUAAAUAUUGAUUGCAGACUUAUAUGAAUUUACCACAUCAAAUCGAGGCCCCAGUCGCAGGCCUGCCUUUGAUAUGCUGUGUUUGAUAUGGAAAUGAGUGUGGAAAGCAGCAGGGGCCGCUUCGCACUACACAUUUCCUAUGUUGUUAAUUUAUUUAUUUUGCUGUCAUGUUAUUCCCUUAUAUUGUGAAGUAUCUAUGCAGCCCCCGAAUGAAAUUAGGUUUCCACAUAUUUACAGUAGCUCUGCUUGACUGCACGAAAACAUGCCCCUUAGUUUUUUAUGUUUCGCCUUUUAGCUCAUAAGACAAAAUGGGAUGUUUUUGUGUUUAACUUCAAUCCAAAAUGCUGCAGAUUUUGCACAUUUCUUUUUCCAGCUCGGAAAACAAAAGAAAACCUGCUUGAAAUAUUGAAAUAUUGUGUAUCCUGAUGAGCCAAGUAGCCUAAACAUGUCGCUGAAUGUUUCUUUAAAAUGAAAAAUGCAUGGCAACCGAGCAAUGAGCAGGUUUGUACCGUGAGACAGUCACUGUUCUAAACUGGCUUCUUUUUGUACAGCUUCACUUCUGUAUGAAAUAAUCAAAAAUAAACUAUUUGUUGCAAUAAUU